AUGAGAGGCUCGAAAGGCAGAGCCGUCGAGUCACAUAACCAUCUCACACCAUGCCUUAUGGCCUAUGGAUCAGGCCUGGGGCUGCGGUGGAUCACGGUCAAGCUUUCCGAUGGCGAUCGCCACUGCGAUGCAGAUUUGAUGCGCAUGGUGAUUGAACGUCUCCAGGAUGAAGAGGUCGUGGUCAACUCGGAAUAUACCAGCUAA